AUGUUGACAACGGAAUUGUCCGAGGCCGACGUAUCGGCCCUGAGAGCAGACAAAGACAGACUUGCGAAAGAUCUACACGACUCAUGUCAAUGGGGAUACGGGAUUCGAUGGGGCGAGGGAUCAUCAGAUACAGGAAUGCAGCGCCUCGCCUUGUCAGAAGAGGAUAAGAGUGUGCGUCAUUGGUUCAUUAAAACUAUGAAAGAUCUAAAAUGCCAGAUUACCAUUGACGAAAUGGGCAAUAUAUUCGCUGUACGCCCAGGUCGAAGGGCUGGUGCUCCAGCUACCUUCAUCGGAAGCCAUCUGGACACACAACCUACUGGAGGCCGAUAUGAUGGGAUCUUGGGUGUCUUAUCCGGCGUGGAGACUAUUAAGCGAAUGGAUGAGAUGGGGCUGGAAACCGAGGGAGGUGUUGGCGUUGUCAAUUGGACUAAUGAGGAGGGUGCCAGAUUCCCCGUUAGCAUGAUUUCGUCAGGCGUAUGGGCAGAAUCUAUUCCUCUACAAAGAGCCCAUGAGCUCAAAGAGGUACCAACAGUAGCCUCACUACCCACAGCUAAAUCGGCACCAGAAACAAUGAAGAGUGCUCUAGAGAAGAUCGGGUUUCUGGGCGACGUGCCCUGCUCAUACAAAGCCACUCCAAUGGCAGCCCACUUCGAAUUACAUAUUGAACAAGGUCCACACCUUGUCUCUGCUGGGCAGCGAGUAGGGGUGGUCACAGCAGUACAGGCGUAUCGUUGGUUCCGACUAAAUGUUAUUGGACGAGACACGCACACCGGGACAACAGCAUUUGAACACCGCGCCGACGCUCUAUAUGCAUUUGCACAGAUGAUGGUCAAGGCACGAGAAGUCGCAGCUUCUAAGGGCUGUCUAGCUAGUGUUGGUAUCGUAGACGCGAAGCCUGGUAGCGUGAACACAGUGCCUGGCACGGUAAGCUUCAGCUUGGAUAUCCGAGGCCCUGAAACUGCGCUCGUUGCAGAAGUUGAGACGCAGCUACGUGCUGAUUUUGAUGCCAUUGCGGCGGCAGAAGGUGCUGGUAUCGGUAAACCUUGCCGUGUUGAAUGGACACUUGACUUCGAUUCACCUGCUGUUAAAUUUCAUGAGGAUUGCAUUAGCUGUGUGCAGGAGUCAGCUUACGCCGUUGUUGCGGAUGCGCCUGUGGCAGAUACGAAAUCUUUGGUUAGGACUAUCAUGAGUGGUGCUGGUCAUGAUAGUGUCUUUACCUCUAAGCAGGUGCCAACUAGUAUGAUCUUUGUGCCAUGUAAGGAUGGGCUUAGCCAUCACCCCGAGGAAUUCUGUUCUGCAGAUGAUUGUGCAACUGGAGCAUCUGUUAUCUUGCAAGCAGUGGUGCGAUAUGAUCGAAAGCGAUUUGCUUAG